AUGAGCAACGUACCUGUAACAGAUGGCUCAGCUACAUCUCCCACAGUGAAUAAUACAGCCAAUGUCGCACCACCUGUAACCGCAACAGCAGCAGCACCUACAACCGCCACAGCAGCAGCUCCUUCUGUAACUGCAUCUAUUGCUGCUGUGGAUGCCUCAAAGGAUGCCACUGCCGUCAAGUCUAGUAGCGUUCCUGAACCCAACCCAGUGCUAGCCAACGAAAAUGCCGAGAAGAAAUCCAUGGAUAUCACUCCAAAUGCUCACAACGGUCCCGCCGCCACAGAGCCAGCGCUGGUUGCCUCACCUACUUCACCCAUUUCGCCUGCUUCUAUUCCUUCAGCACAACAAGCCGUCGUACCACCACCUUCAUCUACAUCACCAGAAAUUCCCAUCCCUUCUACCACUACCACUACUGCCACUGCAGCUGCUCAUCCUACGCAAGCACCUCCAGUUCUCUACCCAAAUACUGAAAAGCUACUCGUAGAACUAAAGCAGAAAAAGGAAAUGAUUCGUCGUAUGGAUGAGGAGCUAUACUACCUUCGUCACAUCAACCACGAUUUGUCUGAAAAGGAACGCAUCAUACAGGAACGUAUGGUGAUGCGUCAAAAGGACCAAAAGCAACUUCUGGACAAUUACAACGAGCAUAUUCGAGCACGAAGAGCAACGCAAGACGACCCCAACACGAUUCACAAAAAGUUACAGAAACUCAAGGUGAUGAUUAAGACGCUAAGUGUUGCUUUAGCCCAGCAAUGUGAAUGUAACACAGCAACCAAGGCAGUGAUUGGCUUUUGGGUCAACCUUCAUGAAGCCAUUCAAAAGAUGGGAGAUCCUCUACCUGUCAACCGUAUUGAAAUGCUGACUGAAAAGUUUCUCAUGGAUGUCUUGGUUCAGAAUAUGAAUUACAAUGCUUUCACUGGCCUCAAGAUCUCUCAACCUUAUACCCAACUCCAAAUGUGGUUUGAUAGAUACGAACCUAGUUUCUGUACUCGUCUUCGACAAGAAAUAGCAAAAGUCGUGGUCUCUGGCAAUGUGCCUGAUUCAGAUAUACAGCAAGAAAUCCAGAAAUUAAACAAGCGCAUGUACAACUCGUUGUAUUCAUCUCUACUCAAGGCAUAUCCGUUCAUUGAGCAGCACGACUUGCAGGAAAAGGAUGCCAGUAAGCAAUAUUCUGUCAUGUUGAGGGCUAUGGUUGAUCAGGCAUCUGCUAUUGGAUAUGCAAUGCGAGGACAGGAAGUGGAGAUUGCUGCUGCUGCUGUGGGCGAGGGAUCUGAGCCUUUUGAUCCCAAGACCAUGGUGGAUGAGGAUGGCCAAACGUCUGGCAUCAUCAGUCUCUGUAUCUCACCGCCUAUCAUGGUCUAUUCCAAUCAAGUGGAUGUAUUGGAAAAGGCACGCGUCCUCUGUCUACCUACAACGACCACCGCUCCCAUGACUACUACAACUGCCACUGCUACUACUACCACCACUACUACUGCAUAA